GCCACCUCUCCACUGUCCUGGACUGGUACCCGCGCGCACCCGCGGCCCAGCUCUACCAUGAGCCGGCCCAGCCGGCUGCAAAGGCAAGUUCUUAGCCUGUACCGUGAGCUGCUGCGCGCCGGACGCGGGAAGCCGGGAGCUGAGGCGCGGGUGCGAGCGGAGUUCCGGCAGCAUGCCUCCCUGCCACGCUCUGACGUACUGCGCAUAGAAUACUUCUACCGCCGCGGGAGGCGCCAGCUCCAGUUGCUACGCUCCGGCCACGCCACGGCCUUGUGCGCCUUUGUGCGCCGGCGGGAAAAGACCGAGGAGCCCAGCGGCCGGGCGGGUCCUGGAAACGUCCCUGAGGAUGAUGACAAUUCGAGGAGCCCGCUUGACAGCAUGAGGUCACCAGAGACCCCACCUAAAAAAUGGUGACAGGCGGAAGAGUUCAACUAGUGGUGCCGGGGAACCAGGGAAUCCGCCUGAUGGAAAAUGAGAGGUCUUAAGAGACGAGACUAGUUCGAUGGAUUAGGGGAAUCAGAGUUCGCCUGGCGACGUAGGCUCCAAAGACUACCGUGAUAGAUGGCGAGAGAUGCUUGACCUUGUUCGAUCGCUGGUAAUUUGUCAGCCUCCCUAAUCGGAGUUUGGGUUGGCCUGUGUCGCUAGCUGGCUGGACUAGGUCAGGCUGAGAGCUAUUUAUUCAAAGGCAUGGGGAACCAGAACGCCCCUACCCCUGUUGGAAUGAAGAAACUGAAACACCCUUCUCUUGACCCCUGGCUCCUUAAUUCCUUUCUUUGUGUUUAACUCUGAUAACAGCAGACUUUUUUGCUGAGGAAUUUGAGAAGAUGCUCUGAUGGACAGUGAGAAGCCCCGAAUCUCCCUUUGGAAAACUUUCCCUCUAUUAAUUGGAACAAACUAGGUCUGGUGAGGAAGGUGCUAAGGGGUCACAUGCUAGCGAUCAUUUCAAGACCCCUCAAAACCUCUACACCUACUUGUUCUAAGGGGGAGCCCUGAUUCCUCCACCCUUCCAUCUUCAGGACUGUUGAACACAGGAAAUAAAGUUAGGAUGUGCUUACUUUCC